GUAGCGCGUUCAUAUUUUUAAAGCGCUUAAUGCAACUGAGUUCGUUUUGGAUAGACACAUGCAAAUACAAAUACAUAUGUACCUACUAUAAUUCCCUACGAAAUGGUUGUAACCUGUAUAAUUGAAUUUGACAAUAACCCAUUUGGCACCUACUAUGCCGGCCAAGUUAUAACGGGGCGAGUUACACUGAAUGCUGAUAAGCCGAAGCAGGUUAAAGGAAUUGCACUGAAAAUCAGGGGAUUUGCAGACACACGUUGGGAGGAGAGCACCAGUAGAAGAACAACCGAUAGCAAGGGACGUUCAUCAACAAAAAGGGAUACUAUCCAUUAUAGGGGUCAUGAAGAGUAUAUCAAAUCCAAAACUUUCUUGCUUGGAUCAGAUGAGAAUCAAUCAUCACUAAUUGAACCUGGCAUACACACCUACACUUUUGCCUGUCACCUACCCAAUACUUGCCCUUCAUCUUUCGAAGGCAUUUACGGACACAUAAGAUACUUGGUAAAGGUGGAACUUAUACGGCCAUGGAAAUACAAUCAAACAUUUACAAAGGGUUUUACGGUAUUGAAAGUGAUGGACUUAAAUUACGAUAGUCCUCUGUUGCGGGUUCCUUCUCAAUCCGAAGCUCAGAAAGUCUUCUGCUGUGGACCUUGUAAAACUCAACCACUCGAUAUUCACGUUUCACUACCACAAGGCGGCUAUGUGCCCGGCCAAACGAUACCAGUUGGUGUGCUCAUAUCAAACGAAACCAAUAUAAGGAUCGAAGAGGCGAAAGUGGAACUGGUAAUGCUCAUCUGCUACUACAGUCAAACACCGCGCACAGCCACCAAGAACGAGCGAAUCGUUGUGGCAAAAAUAAAAGGGGAAGGUGUGCCAGUCCAUUGUAAGAAGCAAUUCGACUAUGCGCUCAUUGUACCGGCAACACCGCCAACCUGCUUCAAUCUGUGUCGCUUACUACAGAUUGCCUAUCAAGUGCAGGUGGAGAUAAAAGUAAAAGGCUGGCAUGCAAAUCAGGUCAUUUGCGUACCAGUAACAGUGGGCAAUGUGCCGCUAAUGAGCGUCAUACAGAAACAGCCAACGGCGACUGAUAGUUUUGCCACUGGCAGUGCUGGCUACAUGCAACGCGCCUUAAUGAAUGGCGGGACAGCCGAUGAAGGUGAGGAGGUGGCUGUGGCGAGCGCUGAUGAUGUUGAAGAGAAAACAGUGGCGGCUACUGGGUUAAAGACGAACGAACUUGAAGCUGUAGUGCAGACUAGCAGCGGUGUAACGACGAACAGCUCGAUAAUGCCGCUUACGCCACCCAGUCCGUGGAUGACGGAUGAUAGCAUACCGCCACCCUCUUAUGAGAUGGCUGCGCAUAUGAAGUCAGCAAAAAUUAAUGCCGAUGAAGCGCACGAUUAUGGGGAAGCAGAAUUUGCGCCACGCUAUCCCGUCUUCAAACUAUGCAGCGCCAGCGAGCUAGGCGCCGACGAAGUUGAUAUUGUUGGAACGACUAACGGUAGCGCUAGUGCCGCUAAUGUGACGGCAGACAAAAGCACUUGGCUUUGAACUUGACUAGUUA